AAGCUGGCAGCUGAGUGCCAGAGCGCUGGCUACCCGGGCACGCUGAUCCCCUACAAGUGUGACCUGUCCAACGAGGAGGAGAUCCUGUCCAUGUUCUCUGCCAUCAGGACCCUGCACCAGGGGGUGGACGUGUGCAUCAACAACGCGGGCCUGGCGCGGCCCGAGCCGCUGCUCUCGGGGAGGACGGAGGGCUGGAGGACCAUGAUCGAUUGUAUAUCUCCAGGACUGGUGGAAACAGGAUUUGCUUUUAAACUCCAUGAUAAUGACCCUGAGAGAGCUGCUGCCACCUACGAGAGCAUUCGGUGUCUCAAGGCUGAAGACAUGGCCAACGCUGUCAUCUAUGUCCUCAGUGCCCCCCCUCACGUCCAGAUUGGGGAUAUACAGAUGAGGCCCACGGAGCAGAUCUCGUAGCAGGGCAGGAGGAUGAGGAGGAUGAGGAGCACCAUGAGCAGCACCGUGCCCACUCCACCUGGAGCCCUCUGGCAGCCCAGGCUUCCCUCAGCUGGCUGGCAGCGUUUUAAUCAAGUACCAAGGAUCAUGUCUGAAGAAUUGUUUUUCUCUCCCUCUCUCUGAGCUGGUGCUGGUGCUGAGCCAGUUUGAAAAAAAAAAAGAAAGAACCACAAACUCCUAGUGGGUCUCUUUCUCCCCCACUCCUUUCUGGAACUGCUUGAGAGUAAAAAUGUGUUUGAGAAUAAUGCAGGGAAGUGGUUUGUGGAAGAUGGUUUGUCUCCAGGCUGGUUUAUUCUUCAUUUUGCUUUCUUUUCAAGGUUUGUUUGAUCUUAGUUGCUGAUGCUGUGUGUGGACCUAGGUGAAGUGGCACAAGAUGUUUGCCAGCUUCAGCGUGCUUAGGGUUUGAGAUUUUCAGUGGACAUGAUACAUGAAUCCAUCUAAUACUCUGAGUUUAUUUUCAUCAGGUUGAUUACUGAUGGUGGUGAUGCAUGUGAUAUUUUCCAUUUCUUUUGUACUCCACUGCCCCAACCCCAGUGUACAACCUCCCCCAGCCCUCCUUUCCCCUUCACAUGGCUCAUGCCUGCCAAGUUUGAGGAAGUAUAAAUGUAUGUGCUUGAUAUUUCUCUUUUUUUCUAGGUAGGUAAAUAGUUGGAGGGAAAGCACCUGUCCCUGUGCAGGUUAGGAUGAUAAUCUAAGUGGCAUAGUUACAGUAAGAGUGAGUUGUUUGGUAUUUUUAAUAAAAACUAAACGUGUGCUGUCUUGUGACCACCUCUAUCCUUGGUAUCAUCUCCCAGCACUCUCGAUGUUCUGUGUGUGAUAUUUGCAUGCAUUGACACUUUUCUGCCAACGUGGAUUGCUCUGGUGCUGUUGGAAUGCUGGUGCUGAGGAGCUGGAAAUGGUGGAAGUUUAUUUUUAUGUAGAGACACAAACUCAGAGAGAGAGAGAGAGAGAGAUAGAAUGGAACAAGCCCUGCUGAAGGUGUCUGGAAUGAGGAGGGAUUUGCAGAUUUUCAGGGGCAUUUUGGCCACAGCAAGCAGCAGGAGAAGGGUCUGGCUGAGAUCCUGUGCUGGUGCAGCCCCAGUGUCUGGCUCUGGGUUUAUCUGAGUUGAGGGAGAGGAGAACUGGCCCCAAAGCAGAGCUGGAGCUGUCUGGAGACCCUCUGCAGGGAGGUCUGUGUGUGCCCAGCUCUGCAGGGAGCUCCUGGGCACGUUGCCUUAAGAUUGCAGACCCUGUCUAGCUCCUGCUGGGCUCCAGGAGCUCAGGGAUGGUCAGAGCAGAGGACAGAGAGCUGGGAGAUCGGGGUUGGAUUGUUUGGCUUACAGCAGGAGAGCCCUGGGAGUUCAUCUGUGUCAGCCCUGCACAGGGGAGAGCAGAGCUGGGCCCAGGACACGAGUUCAGCUCCCUGUACAGCCUUGGGCAAGUCACUUUACCUCUCUGCCUCAGUUUCCCCAUCUGGAAAUGGGGAUGAUGACACUCACCUACCUCACAGGGGUGUUGUGAGGACUCACAAGCUUUUGUAAAGCACUUUGACAGGCGCUGUGUAAGUGCUGAGUGUUGAUAUUGAAGUAUUGUUAUGAAUUAAACCUUGUGAUACCUAGAAUUCCUUGUGCCAAAGGUGAGCAGCUGGAGAAGGAUACAAGGAGAAAACUGGCAAAAUGUUCCUUUCAUGAUGGCAAAAACAAAAGGCAAUUUGCCCCCUUUUUUCCCCCUUUAUUAACACAUGGUUUGUUCUGUCCAUUCACCAGUUUCUACUGACAAGUGCACCUGGAUUUGGCUUUUUAAUUUCUGGUGAGUGAAAUCCCUGCACUGCCCUGCUCCAGGAUGCCAAGGUGGUGCCUUUGUGUGCAUUCCCAGCAGGUGCCCUAUGUGCCAUCUUUAGGAGAAGGUGGUUGAGCUACUAAAGAGGCCAAAAAAACCAGAAAAAAUAGAGAAAUUAGGAACUUCUGAGCAGGGAUGUGGGCAGCAGUGGUGAAACAUGGGAUGGUGGCAGCAGCUGUGUGCAAAGUUCACAGAGGUUGCAAUGUGUGGCUGAGGAGGGCCUUGACAUCUCCCUGUUCUGUAAAAGGAGGAUUUGGGGAGAACUGCUGAAGAUGCAGAACCCUGACAAAGGGUUUGUCCAGGUAGUUGCUCCUUGCAAAUACAACCUGGCAGCCCUGCAAGUUGUUUUUUCUUUUUCCCCCGAGAACAUUUGUAAUCUCUGAAGUCACCUCGAGGUGACGUGCAGUAUAUUUUUCCAUUUGAAGUGUGGUUUUAGGGGAUCAUCCCUGCUGCCUGCUAACCUCCCCCAUAGGAGGGCUCCUCGGGUGGCCUUGGUGGCACCUCCCUGGGAUGAGAUGGACCCCACCCCGAGGCAGUGACACCCCUCAAACGCCAGGAUCAGUGACCUGUGUCAUUUAUCAGUAGGUUUCUAUUGUGAACUGUAAAAUAAAGAAUAAAAAGAGAGGCACACUGUG